CCGGAGGAGCGCCGGCGGGGUCCCUUCUGUCGGCCCGGCUGCCGGGUUAAGCAACAAUGGCAUUUGUGAAGAGCGGAUGGCUGCUCCGGCAAAGUACUAUUUUACGGCGUUGGAAGAAGAACUGGUUUGACCUGUGGUCUGAUGGCCGCUUAAUAUUCUAUGAUGAUCAAAAUCGCCAUGAUAUAGAAGAUAAAAUCCACAUGCGAAUCCAUUGCAUCAACCUCAGAGUGGGGAAUGAAUGUCGAGAUUUCCAGCCUCCAGAGGGGAAGCAGAGAGACUGUUUACUGCAGAUUGUUUGCCGUGAUGGGAAGACAGUCAACCUCUGUGCAGAGAGUGCAGAUGACUGCCUGGCAUGGAAAAUUGCUCUCCAGGACGCCAGAACAAACACAGGCUACGUGGGAUCUGAUGUGAUGUAUGAUGAGACAGCCAUUUCCUCAGCCCCUCCUCCCUAUACAGCUUAUGCCACACCAUCACCUGAGGUUUAUGGCUAUGGCUACGAUCAGUACAAUGGUGCGUAUCCCCCUGCUGGUCCUCAAGUCUUCUAUGCCUCCAACGGACAAGCUUAUGCUGUUCCCUAUCAGUAUCCAUAUCAAGGACCUUAUGGCCAACCCCCUGCAAACCAUGUCAUCAUUCGAGAGCGUUACCGUGACAGUGAUGGAGAUCUUGCACUGGGCAUGCUUGCUGGAGCAGCGACUGGCAUGGCUCUGGGAUCAUUAUUCUGGGUCUUCUAGAUUACCCGUUCCUUAUCUUUGUAGUUCCCAAAACCUUUAUUGUGUGCAAUAAUAUAUUGGCAAUGUUGUUUACUGUUAAACUUUAAGAAAUACAAUAGUUAUUUUUCA